AUGGCAUCUUUCUCGUACAAUGAGGGUGACCACACGGUGACUUUUGGCCCGGGAAACCUUCUCGGCAACAUCUCCGAGAAGCUUCUACCUCUCAAGCGGGUUAUGGCAUACGGUGAAGUAGCCGUCAUCGGCACGGGUGGCCACUUGACCAUUGGAGGUCUCGGAACGCUCAGUCGCCAGCUGGGCGUGGGAGCCGAUCAAAUCGUGUCAGCGCAAUGUGUGCUAGCAAACGGCACCGCCGUGACAGCUAGUGCAAGCACAAACCCCGACUUGUUCUUCGCCAUCCGAGGCGCCGGUUUCUCUUUCGCUAUUGUCACAGAGUUCACUAUGAAGACUGCACCCGCGCCAACCGAGAUCACCAAGUACGCUUACACCAUCGCGGCCGACGACGCAAAUGCCUUCGCAAGCAUAUUCCAAAGAUGGCAGAAGUUUGGCACGCAGAAGAAUCUCGACCGCCGGUUUUCCAGCACUAUGACUCUCAGUCAGGGCUCGAUGGUCAUCAACGGCAACUUCUACGGCCCAAAGUCCGACUUCGAUAAGCUGAACGCGCAGUCUAUCCUUCCUGCUAAUACCUCAACCGUCGUUGUGGACAUCACCGUUGGCGAACUUCCGUUCCCAGGACUCGGCGACCCAGACCUGACAGCCAGCGGCAGCUUCCCCAUCCCGUUCUAUGCCAAGAGUGUCAAGACGCCAAGUCACAAACUGCUUUCGGACGAAGCCAUCAAAUCCAUGUUCUCCUACAUCAAUGGCACCGAGAAGGGAGCGCCCGUGUGGCUCGUUAUCUGGGAUCUCGAAGGCGGCGCCAUCGCCGAUGUACCGCAGACCGCUACCGCAUACUGGCACCGCGACGCGGCCUACUUCAUGCAGAGUUAUGUCGUCAAUCUUGGGGGCCCCGUCACUGACGCGUCCAAGACGUUCUUGUCUGGCCUUAGCAGCUUAGUGCAGAAGGAGACGUGCGAUAACGGCGCUUACCCAGGCUACGUCGACCCUGAGCUUGCGGACCCUCAGCAGGCCUACUGGGGCGGCAAUGUGCAACGUCUACAGCAGAUCAAGGCGGCGGUCGAUCCUGAUAAUGUCUUCCGUAAUCCUCAGAGUGUGCCGACUCAACACCAGGCUCAGCAGCGUCGUCAGGUUUUCGUAGGGUCAGCGGUACAGUCCUACGCAGGGCAAUUUGGUCUGUUGGUUUCCUGCAUUCUGUUGGCGGCAAUCUUGUAUCUUUGA